AUGAAAAACCUGAUUCCGAUUUUAAUCCAACUAACUACAAUAGGAAUUGUAGUGGGAAUACAUUCACACACAACAACACAAACCGGUAGUCUUCCUCUGGUCAUAAGUACUUGGGAUUUUAAGGAAGCAAACGAAGCAGCUUGGAAUACUUUGCAAGCCGGCGGAAGUGCCCUAGAUAGUUUGGUUGAAGGCUGUACAACCUGUGAAGAUCUACAAUGUGAUGGUUCGGUGGGUUAUGGUGGUAGUCCUGAUGAAAAUGGUGAAACCACCCUGGAUGCCAUGAUAAUGGAUGGCUCCAAUAUGAAUAUGGGUGCUGUGGCCGGGAUGAAAGAAAUAAAAACAGCAGCUAAGGUGGCACGUUUGGUAUUGGAAAACACCAAACAUUCGUUAUUGGUUGGAGAGGCUGCAACAAAUUUCGCUGUAAUGAUGGGUAUGAAACGUGAAUCUUUGGCCACCGAAAAAUCGAAAGCUAUGCACCAGAAAUGGUUGGCAAAUGCAUGUCAACCAAAUUUUUGGGUCAAUGUUGUGCCGGAUUCUAGAAAACAAUGUGGACCUUAUAGGCCGAAUGGUGAAGCACAUUCACACAAUGAGGAGGGGUAUUAUUCCUAUAAAGUAGAUCGUUUUAAUCAUGAUACAAUUGGCAUGAUUGUCAUCGAUAAAGAGGGUCAUGUAUUUGCUGGCACAUCUACAAAUGGUGCUACAUAUAAAAUACCAGGUCGUGUGGGUGAUUCUCCUAUACCGGGUGCUGGUGCAUAUGCUGACAAUGAGGUGGGUGCCGCUGUGGCCACAGGUGAUGGCGAUGUUAUGAUGCGGUUUUUACCUUCCUUUUUGGCUGUGGAAUUAAUGCGUGGUGGGCUAUCACCGGAGGAAGCUGCCGCGCAAAGUAUGCGACGCAUUGCUAGAGUAUAUCCGAGUUUUAGUGGUGGUUUGGUGGUGGGUACACGUUUGGGUAAUUUUGCUGCUGCCUGUGUUGGUAUGGAAACAUUUCCAUACUCGGUGGCAUUUGGCGGGACCAAUGGUACAGUUGUAUUUAAACAGAACUGUAUUAAAGAAGCGUACGACUUUUUAUGA